ACAAGCACAGACGACUCAUGGACUCAUGGUCCCCUUCCAUCUGAUCUGAGCUCGCCCCGUCUCUCUCCAAUCUUGUGCAGCUCUCCCAAAACCCCUCAAAAGUGGAGGCGUGUUCAAGUGUGUAUGAAUCUGAGCACAGAGACACGGAGCUCAGAGACACAGAGCUGUGGCAGAAGGCUACAAGGCGCGAAACUUCUUUGACCGGAACAGAGCGCCCCGACUGUGCCGGUGACCAUGGUGAAGGAAGAGGAGAUCGUCGCGGAGGCGGGAGGGCGAGGCUACAUGGACUUGCUCGGUCUCGGAGGAGAGGACUACUUGCUGUGCAUGUCCCCUUCCUCCUACUUCUCUUCCAGCGUCGUCUCCACCGCCACGACCACCAGUGCCACUCCCGCCGCCGCGUCGUCUCCUACCUGCUCCUCCUACCUCGACCUGGCUCCGGCUUAUCACCAGAUGCUGAGCUUCGCCGGCCAAGGGCAGUACCAUGGUGGUGAUGGCAUCUUUGGCUUGCAGUACUACGGCGGUGAUCAGGCGAUUCCGAUGGCUGUUCCUGUUCCGCAGAAGUCAAGCCCAACCACGGAGUGCUCCUCCUCCAUCUCCUCCAUGUCGUCCUCGCCGCCGGCGACAACAGUCUCGGCCAUCUCCAGCCCAAAGCCACAGGCUUUCAAGAAGAAGGGAUCGAGAAGCAGUGGUCAAAGAAAGGCUGCGCCUGCUGCUGUUGCUACUACUGCUGCUACGAACAAGAGGCCCAGGGUGAGGAAGGAGAAGCUCGGGGAGAGGAUCAUAGCUCUGCAGCAGCUGGUUUCUCCAUUCGGAAAGUCUGAUACCGCCUCCGUUCUGCACGAGGCGCUCGGAUACAUACGCUUCCUGCACGACCAGGUUCAGGCUCUGAGCUCGCCGUACAUGCAGCAGCGCCAGCCGGUCUCGGCGCACGCUCCGCUGUGCUCGUACUCUGCUGCUGCAUUGUGGCAGGCGCCGGAGAGCGCGGCCGGGACGGUGGUGGAGCCGCCGCGGCCGACGAGCGACCUGAGGAGCCGGGGGCUGUGCCUGGUGCCGAUCGCGUGCACGGAGCAUGUCGCCGGCGGCGUUCACGGCCACGGCCACGGCAACGGCGCCGACCUCUGGUCCGUGGCGGCGGGGAUGGCGAAGGCGGCCGCGGAGAACAAGGCUGCUGCUGCUGUCGGAGCGCUGCCUGGUGGUGGUCAUGGUCACCACGGGCACCUGGCCUAGCUGACCGACCGCGACACACUUAGCUUUACAGAUUAUGUGCGGGGUUAAGGCUUUAAUCAGGCUCUUUUGGAGGGGUUUAAUCAGUUCCCGUACUCCCAUCAACUUUUGCUUAAAGUAAAACUUUUGGGAGGGGCUGCUGCUGCUUUUGCUGGAAAAGGGCGCGGGGAUCCAUAUUUCCGCAGAUGCCACAGCGCAUCAGGCAGGGUGUGUGUAUAUUUUGGAGGGGGGUUUCUUCAGAUUAGCAGUAGAGAGAAGACAGCGAUGCGACGAUGCCGAGAUCUUGGGCACGAAUGUCUCUGUGGUGUCACGCCUCACGACAGGCAUUGAAUGAAUGUUGCUGCAGCCGAGA